CUUCUGCACCUUCUCCUUGAUGCUGGAUUAAUCCUCACCACAUUUAUUUCUUGUUUAUAUAAAACAUACUAAGGCUGACACAGGUUUUCUGAAGAAAGCAGGACUCUUCUCAAUAUGGCAUUACCAAACAUUUAUACUGACGUGAACUUCAAAAAUCAACCUGUUUCCUCAGGCACCGUCUCAGACUCAUCUUCAUGCACCAUCUCAUCUUCAGCGCUCCCAAAGAAGACCACCGUUCACAAAAGUAAUCCUGGCUUUCCCACACUGCUUCUUGCCCUGUUGAUAUUUUUCCUGGUGUUAGCAAUCUUAUCCUCUGUUGGUCUGACCACUUUGUUUCAUAUGUAUUCUGAUCUCCUUGAAGAAAAAAAUACUCUACAACAACUGAACCACGCAAAAUUGCAUUGUAUAAAAAACCAUUCGUCCGUGGAAGACAAAGUCUGGAGCUGCUGUCCAAAGAAUUGGAAGCCAUUUGGUUCCCACUGCUACUUCACUUCCAGGGACUCUGCAUCCUGGAGUGACAGUGAGGAGAAGUGCUCCCACAGGGGUGCUCAUCUGUUGGUGAUCCACAGCCAGGAAGAGCAGGAUUUCAUCACUGAUACUCUGAACCCUCGUGCUCAUUAUUAUGUGGGGCUGUCGGAUACAGAGGGCCAUGGAAAAUGGCAGUGGGUUGAUCAGACACCAUUCAAUCAGAAUGCCACAUCCUGGCACGCAGACGAACCCAGUGGCAACAAGGGAUUUUGUGUUGUGCUAAGUUACCAUCCAAACCUUAAAGGAUGGGGCUGGAGUGUCGCCCCUUGUGACGGUUAUCACAGGCUGGUUUGCAAGAUGAGGCAGCUCUACGUAUGAAUGAAGAAUUCUCUACAGACACAUGGACUGGAAUCCAUAAUUACAGAGACAGCUAGGAAGUUCUUCAUUUAGACUUCUCAGGGAUCAAACAAGGAAUUGGAAUUGUACCAGCAGGCCAGCUUCUUAGACAAUCCCCCUCCCCCCAGCUGUCUCUGUGUCUGUCUCUGUCUCUCUGUCUUUCUCUGUCUGUCUGUCUCUCUGUCUCUCUCUCUCUGUGUCUUUGGAGUCAGGGUCUCACUAUGUACCUCUCGCUGUCCUAGAACUCACUAUAUAGCCAAGCCUGGCUUCAAAUUCCCAGAGAUCCUCUUGCCUUUGUUUCCCGAGUGCUGGAAUUAAAGGCAUGUGCCACCACCA